GAAGUUCAACAGACAAUGCUUUGCAAACAUUCUUCCUCUUCGAUUCUUCCACAGUUUCACUCCACUUCUACUUGCUUCCGUCACUUUAUAUUCCAACCAUUAUUUCAUUCUUGACAAUCAAUGCAAAUUAUAAAAUUAUUUAGAAAGAAUUAACUAUUAACAUAUUAAUUAAUGGUGUUCCGCAUGCUUGUCAAAGCGGAGGAAUUUUCGACGAUAAGUGAUAACUGCAGCUUGAUUAUCCAAGAUGUACAAACGCCUAUCCGAACCAGGUGAUGAUGACGGUAUGAAUAGUGCACCCCCACAGGAUCAUGAACAGCGUCCCCAACCCUAUGCCCCAGUGCAACAGCAACCAAUGCCUGGUUACACCAACACAAAUGUUGUAAUGCAGCAGGGACAACCGACACAGCAACCAAUGCCACAGCCUAGCCAGAUGCACAGUAGCAAUACUACAGUUGUAAUACAGCCAGCACAAACACAAUAUAUUGGAAUUCCAGUGCCACGAGAUUGGAGUUCAAGCCUCUGUUCAUGUUUUGAUGACUGUGGUGAUUGUGUCUUUAGCUGCCUGUUUCCAGGCUGCCAUGCUUGCUAUGUGAGCAGUGUUGCUGGAGAGUGUUUCUGUAUUGGAGUGUUGUGUCCAAUUGCCCUAAGAACAAAGAUAAGAAUGAGACAUAAUAUUGCGGGAAGCGUUUUAGAAGAUGGUUGUACAAUGUUGUGGUGUGGACAUUGUGCAAUGUGUCAAAUGUCAAGAGAACUGAAGCUUCAUGGAAUUUAACCAUUGGAGGAAAUAAACUACAAACUUAGACAUAAUCACAUUCCUAUAGUUAAUUAUAACUAUUCGUAAUAGAGCCUUCGUCAAACGCCGCGUUUAGAAAGCUUGCCUCGAUCUUUAUCUUUUAUUUGCAUAUUCGCUAAUUUACACAUGAAAAACUUUUAGAGCUGUACGUAUUAAACCAAAUGUGAACAUAAUUAAAUUGUUCGUAGAACAUGAAAUUAAUCAAAUUAUACCGUUCU